CGAAAUAAUUGUAAUUGUAGUUCGUUGAUAAUAACCGCACUAUUUUACAAUUUAGUGUUCUACUGUUCUGUGUUUACUGUUUAUUGACAAUAAUUGUCGAUUAGUUAACAUACUGACGAAGGUUUUUGCUGUAAAUCAAUCAAAAUGAUCAUUCCAAUCCGAUGCUUUACUUGUGGAAAGGUCAUAGCAAACAAAUGGGAGAGUUACUUGGGCUUAUUACAAGCCGAAUACACAGAAGGUGAUGCUCUGGAUGCUCUUGGACUUAAACGUUAUUGUUGUAGACGUAUGUUACUCGGUCAUGUUGAUUUGAUUGAAAAACUUCUCAAUUAUGCACCACUUGAAAAAUGAUUUUCAAGAACAAUUGUACACUACUAUUAUAUGUAUUUUUUUUUUUAAAUAAAAUAAUGAAUCAA